UUAUGGUUCCCAUCGGAACUUCGGAAUAGACAUUAUUUUUGGCCGGAUUUCAGUGAAUAUCUAUCGUACUGUGAAAUGCAAAGGAAUGUAUUCGUUUGACUUGACUGUGUUGUGUAUUGAUGACUAAUCAGUUAAUGGACUAAGGUUUAUCAACAAUUUACUAGUGGCAUAAGUAACGCUGCGAUUUCGGGAUAAUUUGUUUGUGACGGAUUUUAAUGUUUAAAAGUACCUGUUCAUACAAUUUUAUAUUGUUUCACCGGUGUUUUGAGACAAUAAUAAUCAUUUUUUGCUUGAGAAAAGUGUUUGACAUGUUUUAGCCUUAUAAUGGCUAGAAAGGACGAUGAUGAAGUGAUACUCGAAACUUUUAUGAUCAAGAGGUCCCAAAAUAAAAAGUUGUUCACACCGGUUAACUACAAGGAACGCUGGCUAGUUCUGACUCGUCGAGCGCUUAUUUAUUAUGACACUGAUGGCGAGCUCGUCCCACCAUUUCCGUCCUGGUCUGCUGCGGCGUUGCGUCGCUGUAUCAGGGGGCCACUGCGUACUAAAUUUGGCCUACGGUUCAUCAGACAUACGGCGAACGUGAAACGAAAGGAACGCGGUCGCAUUGAUACGGGUGCGAUCCAUACUGUGGAGGAGGCACAACUUGGAGAGUUGAGCAAACACAUACCUGAGGGUGACGGUGAGAAGAGCCCAGUUUAUAGAUAUCCUUUUCAGGUGGGCUAUUCAGAACAAAACACAGACUACACAUUGUACCUCGUCGCCGGUGACCAUAAGGAGCGACUGCAGUGGAUCCACGGAAUCAGAUCGGUGUGCGCAGGUACCGCUCGCCGCAGCCGCUACCACCGCGGCUCGUGGACGGCGCGGCGCUGGGUGUGCUGCGACGCUGAGCGCCGCUCCGCGCCCGGCUGUGCCCCCGCCGACCUCUGGACCCUCAUCGAGCCCACCAUCGAGCUGCUCGCCCCGCAACAGGAUAAUCGACUGUCUAACGACGUUGCUCCCGUCACGGCGGCCGUCACGAUGCCCGGGGGAGGUGGCGCUCCUCCAGGCACACCGUCUGCCAAACCAAAGGAGAAACAAAGGACCAAAGUAGUGGUAGCAUUAUACCCAUUUAAAGCAAUUGAAAGUGGAGAUCUAUCAUUGGAAAAGGGCGCCGAGUAUGAAGUCAUUGACGAUUCACAAGAUCAUUGGUGGAAAGUCAAAGAUGAAAAUGGGGCCGUUGGAUACAUUCCCAGUAAUUAUGUCAAAGAAAAAGAAACGAUAGGACUGCAGAAAUAUGAGUGGUACGUAGGAGAGAUGUCUAGACAGCGCGCCGAGUCGCUACUCAAGCAGGAAGAUAAGGAGGGCUGUUUCGUCGUCCGCAACUCUUCCACCAAGGGCAUGUACACACUCUCGUUAUUUACCAAAGUUUACCAUCCUCAGACCAAGCAUUACCACAUAAAGCAGAAUAGUCGCGGCGAGUUCUACCUGUCGGACAAGCACUGCUGCGCGAGCAUACCGGAGCUCAUCAACUACCACAAGCAUAAUAGCGGCGGCCUCUGCUCCCGGCUAAAGACGACGCCCUGCGAUCGACCCGCACCGCCCACCGCUGGACUGUCACAUGACAAAUGGGAGAUCGACCCGGUGGAGCUGGUCCUGCUGGAGGAGCUGGGCGCGGGACAGUUCGGCGUGGUGCGGCGCGGGCGCUGGCGCGGCAGGAUCGACACCGCCGUCAAGAUGAUGAAGGAGGGGACCAUGUCCGAGGACGACUUCAUCGACGAGGCGAAGGUUAUGACGAAGCUGCAGCAUACGAACCUGGUGCAGCUGUACGGCGUGUGCUCGAAGCACCGGCCCAUCUACAUCGUGACGGAGUACAUGCGGCACGGCUCGCUGUUCAACUACCUGCGCCGCACCGCGCCCGACCAGCUGGGGCCCGCCGUGCUGCUCGACAUGUGCAUACAGGUAUGCAAAGGGAUGGCAUAUUUAGAACGACAUAACUAUAUUCACCGGGAUUUAGCCGCAAGAAAUUGUUUAGUGGGAGACGAAAAUGUUGUAAAGGUAGCAGAUUUCGGCUUGGCGCGAUAUGUUUUGGACGAUCAGUACACCAGUUCUGGCGGCACUAAAUUUCCUAUCAAAUGGGCGCCUCCAGAGGUCCUCAACUACACGCGUUUCUCAUCCAAAUCUGAUGUUUGGGCAUUUGGUGUUUUAAUGUGGGAAGUAUUCACCUGUGGAAAAGUGCCGUAUGGUCGAAUGAAAAAUUCUGAGGUCGCGGAUAUGGUUCAGCGUGGGCAGGUACUCGAGAAACCCAAAGGUUGUCCCAACGAAAUGUACAAUGUGAUGCGCGCGUGCUGGCGGCGCGGGCCGGAGGAGCGGCCGUCGUUCCGCGUGCUCAAGGAGGAGCUCGGCGCCAUCGCGCACAGCGUGCUGGCCGACUGACUGCGCCGCCUGCUCACGCUGCUGCGCCCCGCGCCCGCCGCGCAGUGUCCGCCCGACACGCACUAGCCGCUGUCUCACGCCUCGCCCCCACUGCAGCGAUGCUUCACGGUGCGUUCGAACGCCGCGAGAUACAUUCACUAUAUACUGUCUGCGUAAACUAGGAAUCGGAGUAAACGGUAUCGACUCGCCGUUUGCAAGUCUGCACUAUAUUAUCGAAAAAAACAUAUUUUCAAUAUUAUUGUGCAGACAAUCAUAAUAUAUCAUCUGGUAAGAAUACGUGACGUUUAAACGCACCUUGACGUCUCCCAUUUAGCGAUUGAUUUCGCGAAACUGGCUCGAUUUGGUUCAAAAUGUCUCGCCUUCUGCCGGUCGCUCAUCGCUACCGACCUCGACCUAACAAUAGCUGUCGGACCAAUAUGAGACUGAACAGAACUUAUACCGCACAGAUAUAAAAUCGAGCGCUCUUUUACAACUACCUACUACAAUUGAUAUAAAGAUUUUAACUUAUUCGGUGUUUAGUUUGUGACCUCAGCCGCGUUACUCGCACAUUCAGAAAUCUCCAUAGUGUUAAUUGACAGGUAUGGCUAAGUAAAUGAAUAGAAGUGACUACAAUAAUAACAGUAGAUCUGAUAGAUUUUUAUAAUAAAAUUGGCAAAAUAGAUCUGCCAUCGAAGUGAGGACGAACUAAGCGGACAUCGAAUUCCGACAAUAAAGCAGAUCUUAAAAAUAAAUUGAUCUCACUAUAGAAAAGGAAUUGACAUAUUUUUACCGUAAACCGCGCGAGUAAUCGUAGGUGCCGUCCACUGCCACUCAAACGUUCCACUAAAAAGUAUUUUUAGUAGUAUCUCAGCAUUCUUAAAAGAAAUAGUAAAUGGUAUAAUUAGAUGGGAGAGAACAGGUAGAAAGUAACUAUAAAGACUCCUUAACGUGUAAAAUAUCAGUUUUUUAUACGUAGACAACAUAGCGAAUAAUAAAGCAAUUAACUUACAUGCAAGAAAGACAAGUUCAAUCAUUAAUGCAGUUUAUUCUGUUACCUUAAAGCCGUUUAUGUGUACCUUAGCGCUAUAAUUUCGGCUACGAUUAGAUAACUCAUUUUACAUCCUCAUAUCAUUAUCCACUGUAGUUUUUAUUGUAAAUAUAUUACUGUAGCUAUAUAAUAUACUAGUCGGUACAUACAGCGGCGUUAUACUUUGUACAUGCCGUCGACAUUCAGUUCGCACAUCACAUUAUUUAUGUGAAUAUAAUUUCCUCGUAUGUUCCUACACUCGGCGCGUUUUCAAUACACGGUGUAACCUUAUUUCAAAAUACUAUCACUGAUUAGCUUACUUGUUUAACAUCGUAAUCGUCACAAAAUCAUUCCAAUUAUUGAUUGAAUAUAUUUUUUGUACAUUCCUUUUAAAAAAGUACUAGUCAUUAAGUGAAUUAUAACAACCGUCUAAACAUCUUAAAUAGAUAAAUUUAUCAAAAUUUUAAAUGGCUAUAACGGUUUUGAGUAAAUGUAACCACGAAGAAGCAGUGAUUAGUCAAAUAAUGAUCUGUAGAUAUGUAAUAAUAUGUUAUAAUCCUAAUAAUAUCUGAGUCCUCAGCUUGUCGUGUUACAUUUCACUUAAUACUGAAUAAACUAAACAGUGGUGACACUAAGAAAAUGUGCCAAUUAUGUAUACACCCUUAUUAAUUUUAGGCAUUUAUGACUGAAUAAAAAUUCUCAAUAAAUAAUUUUAGGUUCUUUUUCUGGUUGAUAAUUCAAUUAAGAUGUGCGUGAAAUUUAAGUACCAGUAUUUAUGAAACAUUUUUACAAAAUGGUAUUUUAAUUCCAUUAAGUUUUAAGUAAAUGUAUUUUUUGUGAUAAAUCUUAAUUUUUAGUAUGUAUUUUCUAUAAUAGGAUUUAUGAAGACAAAAGACUACCUGUAGUUUUAAAUUUUACAACAAUCUGUAACCAAUGAAUUCUGGAAUUUGAAAUACAGUAUGCUAUCCGAUUUUACUGGCGAAUGGGAAAAAUAUUUAGGUGAUACACAGCAAAAUAAUGAAGGGACUUAAUCAAUGUCGUUUUCUAUAUUUUACUUGUAUAUCACCCACCUAGAUCGUUUUCCUGAGAAAGUUGUCGGCCCGUAGUACUGCUCGUAUUGUCGCUCGAUACAUAAAAUGCUGCAUUCAAAUAAACUCUACACAUUUGUACAGCGAGUGUUUGUAUAACUGUUUUGUAAAACUAUUAAGUCAAGUAAAAUAAUUAUUAAAA